CGAAACCUUGAUGUUCAUAUUAUCAUCUAUAAGUGUAUGCAAGUUAUAUAAUGAUGAUGAUGUACAUCUGAUAAAAAAAAAGAUUUCAUCUGAAAAAUUUCGGUUAGAUAUCACGAUAGAUUCGGCAAUUGCUGUUUUACUAAGUCAAAGGAGAAUUGCUGCCAAGAUAGUUUCUUGUUAUUUCAUUGCAUACCACGUUUAUAAAUAUAUUACACCAGAGGAGAUUGAAAUUUCCUUUAUUAGUGUUGAAUAUUUAUUUUGGAUACUUUGAUUUUUCUACAGUGAUUUGAGAGAUCAUUACAAUGAUCGUAUUAAUGCAUGAAUAUAAGCAAGUUUUUUAAAUUAAUAGUUCCUUUUUUUGGAGGUCAAACAAAGAAAGUUUGGCUUUGCUUAUAAUGAUAGGAACAUGUAUUUAUGUUCCAUUUAGGUAGAACAAUUUAAUUGGGAUAUUGUAAUCAAAGACAUUUAAAAUAAUAUUUUUGAGACUAUAUUGUUAAAAAUAGUCUCAUAUUAUAUAAGUAAGGAUAAUUACAACAAAUUAUCAAAUAAAUUUUAUAUGCGGCAACAUUUAAAUAUUCUAAUAUAUAUUAAUUAAUAAAUAAUAAAAUUUAAACAUAAUGGCUGAAACACAGCGAAUGACUGUUUAUGGUAGACAUCCUCCCUGUGCUAGUGGAACUCGUUUAGAAGAACGUCGUGCUAGAAGUUUUUUUGAUUCUAGAUUAGCUUUGAGAUUGGAAAGAAAUAGAAAGUCAGACAAACCAGAUGAUUUUAUAUGUUAUGAAUCAAGUGAUGAUGAAGCAGAGACUGUAAGUGAAGGAAAGCAAUUUUUAAGAACUUCAUUUAAUUUUGUGGAUUAUGUACGUGCAAGAGAAACAAAUACAAGAGAAGUGAGAAAAAUUAAUCAAGAAUAUGGAUUUCGACACAUAUUAACUCAUGAUUUAUUUAAAGAAUAUUCAGUUAGCUUAAAUAAUAUGAAUAAAGUCUUUUGUUCUCAAUGGUUAAGUGAUAGGCAAGUAGUAUUUGGUACAAAAUGCAAUAAAUUGAUGGUUUAUGAUGUAGCAACACAAAAAUUAGAUCAAAUACCAUCUCUACAUGGAAGACAAAUUAAUUCAGGAGGUGGUGCUGUUCCUGAGCAGCAAUGUGGUAUACAUUCUGUUCAAAUUAAUCCUUCCAGAACUCUUCUAUCAACUGGAGCAAGAAAUAGUAAUGAAAUAGCAAUAUAUAGGCUACCAACUUUAGAUCCAGUUUGUGUAGGAGAAGGUGGUCAUAGAGAUUGGAUUUUUGAUAUGUGUUGGUUAGAUGAUGAAUUUUUAGUUUCUGGUUCUAGAGAUACCAAAAUGGCUUUAUGGCGUAUAGACAAUGAUCUUGCUGAAGCUCCUGAUAAAGCAGAUGUGCCAACACAUAGGUUGAUUCAACCUGUAUGUGUUAAAGAAUGUAGAUCUGCACAAAAAGUACGAGCUCUUGUCUUCAAUAGAACAUAUAAAGAAAUUGCUGCUAUUACUCUGAAUAAUUUCAUUCAUAUUUGGUCUGCUGAGACUUUUAGACAAAAGAUAUCUAGGAAAUUACCAGUUUGUCAAGAAAAUGUUUGUCUUGCUGUACAAGAUGAUGGUGUUUAUGCUGUGGGAUGCCGUUCAUAUACUUUACUCUUAGAUGCAAGAACUGUACAACCUAUAAAAAGAAUACCUUCACGAUAUAGCGGUUGUGGAAUUCGAUCUGUAAGUUUUCAAGGUUCUGUUUUAACCAUUGGAACAGGCUUAGGAAUGAUGUUCUUUUAUGAUGUUAGAGCUCAAAAGUAUCUUGAAUCAUCAAUUAAUUCUAAUAGAAUUGUUGUAUUAAAAGCAUCAAAAGGAUAUGUGUUUCCUGAUGAAGAAUACAUAGACGGAUUUCAAAAUGUUAAAUAUACACCUGCUAUAUAUACUCAUUGUUACGAUGGAUCAGGAACUCGAUUAUUCACCGCUGGUGGACCUCUUCCCGUAAAUCUUUAUGGUAAUUAUGCAGGAUUAUGGCAAUAAAGUUAAUUUUAAUCAAUAAAAGAUCCGCAUCGAUUUUUACGUAAGUAACUAUAUAAAUUGUACAUUUAACUAAAUAUUAUAAAAAUUUUAUCUCAAGAGGUAUAUACACCAUAGACUUAAGAAACGUUUUCUGGUCAUUAUCAUCUUGUAUAUUCAUGUUUGUAUAAUUUCAUUUUCUUUCGAUUUUAUUAUAUGAAAGUGAGAUGUAAACAAUUUUAUUUAGGCAUUAAAAUUUUAAGAUAAUAAUAUACACUUUUCAAAGAUUUUUAUACUUUAUGGAUAAAUGAAGAAGAACGAAUGAUGAAAAGAUUUUAUAAUUAGAGGUGUAUAUAUCUCAACUGCCUGAUAAAAUAAGUGAUACAAAUAAAUAUAUCCAAUUUUUUAUCAUUUCAAUUGUAUAUUGACUCUGAAAGUGAUUUUCAUUGAACAAUUUCAUAUUACUAAUCAAUUAUAUCAACAUGUUUGUAUGCAAUGUGAAAAGAACCAAAUUUGACGUAUUAAUACAUUAUUGUAUAUUUAAAAUUAAUAUGUGGUGAAUGAUAAUUUUACGAUUGACAUGAUUUAUGUUAUGACUUUAUUAUCAGCUUAUUGUAAAAUUAUUAAGCUAUUCUUUUAAUAUAAAAUUUUUCUCUAGUAUUAUUUAUUAUAUUUGAAAUCUAACAAAUUAUUGAAUAAAGAUCUCUUAGAAAAUUAAUGCAUUUUAAAAAAAAGCACAUUAUUACAAAUUAUGAUUAUUUAUUUAAAUUUUUAUGUCAUCUGCAUACAGUGUAGUGUUUGUAAUUCUUGUUGUACAUUUCUACAUCUGUACAAUAGAAAUAAAAAUUUUUAAAAUUAAUCAACGAAUGACACUGCAAUGAACAUUAAGUUUCUUAGAUGCAAUCUAUCAAGUUAAAAUUUUAAUACUGGCCUUAAAAGAACAAUACACAAUGAAUAUUUGUUAUAAAAAAUUUAUUUUAAGAAAACAAUAUCUAUUAAAAUCUUUAUAAUGUAUUUCUAUAUAUCAUAUAGAAUGUCAAACAUAUAUAAUUUUAGUCAAUGCAUGAAUUAUAAAACAAUAUUUUAUAAAUGUGCAUAGCCAUUGUUAAUGUUUUGUUAAAUCAAAGAUUUAAAAAAUAUAUUCAGUUUAUCAUAAUUUAAAUUAUUUUUUUUAAUAAUUUUUUUCGUUAAUAUCAUUGUAUAUAUAUAAUGUUAAAUUUAAUAAUUCGUAUUUGAUAUAUACAAAGAUAAGUACAAAUAAAUGAAAUUAUAAAUUCAUUGAAAUUAAUUAUGAUAUAUGAUAUAAUUUUAUGAUAUUGAAAUAUCAAAAAAAAUCAGCUGUGCACAUUUGCAAUUAAAAAACAUUAAUAUAAUCUGCGAUAAAUUUUUUUUUUUAUAUAUAAUUCAGCAAAUAUAUCUAUGAAUGAAUUGUAAUAAUGUUAAUUGUCCAGAAUCAUUUUAUAUUUAAUUAAAUAGAUUUAUGUCUAAUUUUUGAGAUAAAUGAUACUUUUAAAUUUUGGUGUACUUAAAUGAUCAAGUAAGUUCACCAAUUGUUUCAUGUAUGAAAUCUGUUGAUAUAAUAAAAAAAUGCAAGUGCAUUUUCAAUACUUAGAAUAAAACAUUUUAAUAGAUCAAGAAAUCGUUGACAUAUAAACAAUAAACAAUUGAAUUAUUAGUAUAUCUCAAUGAAUAUAUGUAUAUCUGAUAACAAAUUAUAUUCUGUUUAUAUUAACAGAUUAUAAAUUGUUAACAUAUAUUCAUAAUAUCAUUGCAUUACAUAAUGAAUAAAAAUGUGUGUUGUAUUUAUAAAUUCAUGAUUAGAUUGUACGAACAUGUAUAUGAUCAUGCAUAAUGAAUGAAUACAUUGAAUACAUUUUAAUACAAUUAUCACAUGUACUUUUACUAUAAAUACUUCAAACAUUAUUAUUAUAAUGCUACAAACUAUCCAUAAUUUUGUUUUUCAAUGUAUGCAGUAAUUUUGUAUAUUCAGAGUAUACACUUUCAAAAUAAUUAUUAGUUUUAACUCACAAAAAUCAUUCUUUUCUAUAUAAAACUUUCAAAUGACUUCAAAUAUUGUCCAUAUUAAUACGUCCUAAUUUUCUUACUAAUGUCAUUUAAACAAAACAAAUCUAAAUAUCAUGUAAUUUAACUCAAAUAAUGCAAUAGAAAAAUAUACAUAAAUAAUUUUUAUACAUAAACUAUAAAUAUAAGUUAUAAAAAAAAAAAUUUAUACAGAUACAAUUACUGCAUUGCUAUAUCAGAAAAUAUUUUUCGUGUAUUAUGCUUAGCAUAUGAAAAAAUUUUGUGAAAAAAGUAUAAUAUAUUAGAGUAAUUUAAAAAUAAUUGUCUUUUAAUAAUUUUUUUCAAUUUUGUUCAAUUUUUUCUAAAAUGUUUUAUAUGUAUCAUAUAUUUCUUUUUCUGUAUCACAAGAAUAUAUUUAGAUUUGUUGAAUAUAAUUCAUGUUUUAUUAUAUCUGUAAUAAAACACUUCUCAAAAAUUAUUUAUAAUUUAUGUAAGAAUAUAUGAAUAAUAUGUAAAUUGGUUAUAAGCUUAUUUAAAAUUUUGUUUUAAAAAUUACAUCCUUUAAUGUUAGAAAACUACCCAGUGCAAUUAAUAUGUAUAUGUAAAAAUUUCUUAUAAAUUACAAUUAGAUUAUUUUCGUUGUUUCUGUUUUUAAUUAAAGUAUUAUAACAAUUUUAAGCAAAUAUAUAUUUCGCUAGAAUCAAUUAUAAAAUGUAUGUUAUUUCUUUACUUUUAUUUGAUAUUUAAAAUAUUAAAUAUUUCAUACAGGCAGUGCUAUUUGAUAGAUGAAUAAACUGCAUUAAUUUUAUGUACGUGCGUGCGAGUGUGUGCAUUAAAUAAUUCAUGUAAAUAAAUAUAUCAAAUCAUUAAUUACAA